AUGUUCUUCUUUUCAAAGAAGAAUAAAUCUAUGGUCUUCUUUUUGGCAUCAUUAGCAUUAUCAAUGCUAUGUUUUGCAUACGCAUCAGUGCCACUGUAUAGGAUCUUUUGUAAGGCUACCGGUUAUGGUGGUACAAUAAAAAAGGUAAUCAAUCCAACAGUAAAUAGAACUGAUCAAAAACUUAGGAUUUAUUUUAAUGCCGACGUGAUGCCUGAUUUACCUUGGGAGUUCAGCUCGGAAGUGAACUACAUUGACACAAAAAUAGGAGAACAAAGCUUAGCUUUCUACUAUGCAAAAAAUCUAUCUAACCAGCCUCUAUAUGGAAUGGCUGUAUACAAUGUAACGCCUUUUAAAGCAGGUAAAUAUUUUAAUAAAAUUGCAUGUUUCUGCUUCGAAGAACAGAUGUUAUUGCCAGGACAAAAGGCAGCUAUGCCAGUAUCUUUCUUUGUAGACCCCGAAAUAAUGCGUGAUCAUAAUACUAAAGACUUAAGUGAAAUUACUUUGUCAUAUACAUUUUUUAAGCUUAAAUAA